AAUGCAAAAAUGGGAAUUGCCAACACUUCUCCUAGUCCUACUCUACUUUGUGAGCUGAAUACAACAACACCAAUAGUAGCCAAAACUCUUCUCUUUCUCUAACUUUCUUCAAAAUUUCAAAGAAUUUCUGCAAUUCUUUGAUCAAGAAUCCUACAAUUCUCUUCUGGGUUUCUGUCUCUUCAAUUUCAGGUGCUGAAAGAAAAAACUGGACUGGAACUUCAGAUAUUAUCUAGGAGGUCGAUUAUAUUUUUUCUGGAUUAAUCAGAAUAGUUUGAGUUUGAGUGUGGGAAAAUUCUGUUAUGGCUUGUACAUCAGCUGUAUUUAUGCCUCCUGAUACGCGACGGUCACGAGGGGUAUUGACUAUUCUUGGUGGUAGAGUUUGCCCUUUGAAAAUUCAAGAUGAGAAGAUUGGAUAUCUGGGCGUUAACCAAAAGGGUACCUCAAGUUUGCCUCAAUUCAAAUGUUCAGCCAAUUCCCACAGUGUCAAUCAGUAUCAAAACAAAGAUCCCUUUCUCAAUCUACAUCCCGAAAUUUCUAUGCUCAGAGGCGAAGGUAACAAUACAAUGACUACCUCUAGACAAGAAAGCUCAAGUGGAAAUGUCAGUGAGAGUUUGAUGGAUUCAUCAAGAUCGAACAAUUUUAAUGAGGCCAAAAUCAAGGUGGUUGGUGUAGGAGGUGGUGGAUCAAAUGCAGUUAAUCGCAUGAUUGAGAGCUCUAUGAAGGGUGUAGAGUUUUGGAUUGUGAACACUGAUAUCCAAGCAAUGAGGAUGUCACCUGUAAAUCCUGAGCAUAGACUGCCAAUAGGUCAAGAACUCACAAGGGGACUUGGCGCAGGCGGUAAUCCAGAUAUAGGGAUGAAUGCUGCCAAUGAGAGUAAGCAGGCCAUUGAGGAAGCAGUUUACGGCUCAGACAUGGUUUUUGUGACUGCUGGAAUGGGUGGAGGAACAGGGACUGGUGCGGCUCCUAUAAUUGCAGGAACUGCCAAAUCAAUGGGUAUCUUAACUGUUGGUAUCGUUACAACCCCCUUUUCUUUUGAGGGACGAAGAAGAGCAGUUCAAGCCCAAGAAGGAAUUGCUGCUUUGAGAGAAAAUGUUGAUACUCUGAUUGUCAUUCCAAAUGACAAAUUAUUGACAGCUGUUUCUCCAUCAACCCCAGUAACUGAAGCUUUUAACCUGGCUGAUGAUAUUCUUCGGCAAGGAGUUCGUGGUAUUUCUGAUAUAAUUACGAUUCCCGGGCUAGUAAAUGUGGAUUUUGCUGAUGUGCGUGCUAUUAUGGCAAAUGCUGGGUCUUCUUUAAUGGGAAUAGGAACUGCUACGGGAAAGACCAGAGCAAGAGAUGCAGCAUUGAACGCCAUUCAAUCUCCUCUGCUGGACAUUGGUAUAGAGAGGGCUACUGGAAUUGUGUGGAAUAUAACUGGUGGUAGUGAUCUAACAUUAUUUGAGGUAAAUGCUGCAGCAGAGGUUAUAUAUGACCUUGUGGAUCCAAGUGCUAACCUCAUUUUUGGGGCGGUGAUAGACCCAUCGAUAAGUGGACAGGUAUGUUCGUAUAUCUCACUAGGUUACGAUAUUCCUUCGUUGACAUGAUUCUUUGCA